AAUUAUGGAGAUAUAGUUCCAGACUUCAUAUCAGUUAUACAUAACUAGUUCGUAUUUAUCUCAAAAGGGGGCUCUUGACUCACAGCCCCAGGUGCAUUAGUAGUAUGCCUGGUGUUGGUGUUGUUAUUGUUGUCGUUGUUGUUGAUAAUUUUAUGGUGUUUAUGCUUACCCCCCCAUCAGUACUUUUGGUAUACCUAUCUACUUCCUAACCUCCCUCUAAGUAACGUAUAGUACGAAUAUUAAGAGCGAGUAAGCUAAGCUAUACAGCUAUAAGAUCUGAAUAUAUUGAGUCUGUGGGCAGCUGUCAGCAAGUAUAAUGUGUGGGACCAGAUGUUAGAACAUGAAUUAGCAAGUGUUAGCAGAGCCUCGACUAAGCUGGCAUCCCACCACUACACCACCUAUCGUAGCUCAUAGAGAUUACGAGCUACUGAAGGGCUACGGGCUAUGGGUUACGGACCACGAUUCUAGGAAUCUCCGCUAAAUUAAGGCUCGUAUGACUCAUCUGUAGUCUUCACCACGAACAAGUAAAAAAAUAAAGAAUAAUUCCAAAAAAAAAAAAAAAAAAAGAUAGACAACAAAAAAGAAUUCUUCUGUUUUUUCCCCCGAGAUCCUUGGAUCUUUGGGACCAUACAAAUCAACCCAACAUGGAGUCUCGUCACACAAUUCCUGCUACCUUCACACACAAACAACCACUAAUAUCUAUAAGACCAAUCUCAGCAGAAGAUACUUACGCCUUACGACAGGCAGUGCUUUGGCCCAACAAGCCGUUGUCUUACGUGCAGCUACCCGACGACCCCGACGGUCAGCAUUUCGGAGCAUUCGUCUCCAAUAACAAUGACGACAACGACGCGGAGCGCAACAAUAGUAGUAGCAGUAGCAGUAGCCGCGACAGUAAACAACAAAAUUCGGAAGAAUCAUUAGUGAGCAUCAUCUCGCUGUUCGAUGAUGGUAGUGGCGCGGCGCGGUUUCGCAAGUUCGCCACCGCGCAGCUGUGGCAGGGCAAAGGCGUGGGGUCCGCCCUGCUAUCCUACACCAUUGAGGCGGCCGCCAGAAACGGUGCCACGAGUAUCUGGUGCGACGCUCGACAGAGCGCCCUGGGGUUUUAUGAGCGCUUCGGCAUGAGCGGUGAGGGCGAGGUCUUCUUCAAAGGCGAGGUGCCUUACCUUCGUAUGUCCAGGGCUCUACCCUAAAAGACCUAUUUUUCGGCUCCGGUCUGGCUUGCGUUUGGGUCGGGG